AAACAGCAUUGACAUAUCGAUUUUUGGAUUUUUGUAGGAAUCAAGAUAAGUAUUUACUGGCAGAAUCUCUGCAACUUCAAUUUCAGUUUCUUAGUUCCAUCAACACAUUCCGCCAUGUUUCCGCCGCUUCUUCCGGUCCUAUUCCUCCUCCCGGCGGCGGCGGCGGCGGCGCCGCCUCCGCCGGCGAUGGCGCAAGAUUCGAUUGCGAAUUUUCAGCCGAGCUUGGCGGUGGUGAUCGGCAUGUUGUCAAUUAUGUUUUCCCUAACCUUCGUCCUCCUCCUUUAUGCGAAAUUCUGCCACCGCGCCUCCUCCGUUCACAACCUUACCCACCAAAUACAGGACAGCCUUGUCCGGUCGAGGUCCCGGAUCUCUGGCGUGGAUAAAACCGUCGUCGAGUCGCUCCCGUUCUUCCGAUUCUCCUCCCUCAGAGGCUCCCGCGACGGCCUCGAAUGCGCGGUCUGCCUCGCGAAAUUCGAGGACGUCGAGGUCCUCCGGCUGCUGCCCAAAUGUAAGCACGCCUUCCACAUCGACUGUAUCGACCAGUGGCUCGAAAAGCAUUCCACCUGCCCGCUCUGCCGCCACAAGGUCACCGCCGAAGACCUCUCCCACCUCUCCUUCUCCACCAGUCUCCGAUUCCUCACCGGCGCCGGCGCCGAUUCCAUCAGGCUUGACUCCAAUAAUCUCGAGCUCCACGUCCAGCGGGAGGAGUCUCGCCAUGGAUCCUCCAGAUUCAGCAUUGCCAGCUUCAGCUUCCGCAAGACGGCGGCGGCGGCGGCCGCCGCCGCCGCCGCCAACGAGGAGCGUAUCCCGAUACAGUCAAGUAUGGACUCCGAGGAGCCCCCGUCCGACCACUCAAAAACCCUACACAAAUUCAACCACAAAAUCGAUCUCGUCGUUUCCGACGUUGUCCUGAAAAACCGGUGGAGCAACGUCAGCUCGUCGGACCUCAUGGUCCUGAAUUCCGAGAUGCUGAACUACGUUUCCAGCGCGAGAUUUUCGUCGUCAUCCAUGGAUCGCCGGAAUCCCGCCGGCGAUGUGGAAAUAACUGAGAACGUCGCCGACGAUCACGUGAUGGACAUCAGGGAGGAAAUGGAGAGGAAGAGAGUGUUCGAGAAAAAAAUCAGGGAAAUCAAGGAAAGUACUAAUCGGACAUUAAUUCCGGCUGGGCUUCCGGCAACAUUGUUGCCGGAAUCGAACUCGCGGAAAGUGGAAUCGAAGGCUGCAGCCCUGAGUCAGAGUGACAAGAGAUCCAUGUCCGAGAUCAUUGUUCAUCCCAGAUUCAUGGAGAUUACGAGGAACAAAGUUUCAUCCGUGAAGGAGGAAAGAACGAGGAGGAUUUGGUUGCCGAUUGCAAGAAAGACAGUUCAGUGGUUUGCGAAUAGGGAAAGAACAACUUCUCCACACAGAUCAAACAUGUAACUAAUUUUAAUUAUCGAUCUCAAAUUACAAACACCCUUUUUUUUUUUUUUUUUUGGGAAAUUAAUAUUGAUACGAAGAACAAAACAUAUUAUUAUUCAUAGUUGGUUAUUCUUUUUCCUUUUCAAUAUUAGGACGUUUUUGGCACAAAUUGAAUGCAAAAGGAAAAGAGAAAACUGAAAAAGACACUUGAUUAAAUAAAUGUGUUAUAAUUUUUUAUUUAAUAAUUUGUUGUAAUGUACACGUAAGAGAAACAAUAAGGUGACAUCAUGUGGACAUUUACUUGGUCAUAAAUUAAGAUGAAUUUUAAUUAA